UUUCAGCGGUGUCACUCGAAGGAUGAAAGUUGCCGCGAAGAAGCUGGCAACGAGUAGAAUGCGAAAGGAUCGUGCCGCAGCAGCGUCACCAUCUAGUGAUAUUGAGAACUCCGAAAAUCCAUCGUCUUUGGCUUCACACUCUUCAUCUUCAGGAAGAAUGACACCGUCGAAAAACACAAGGAGCAGAAAAGGAGUGUCGGUGAAAGAUGUCUCAAACCAUAAAAUCACAGAAUUCUUCCAAGUGCGGCGAAGUAAUCGGAAGACGAGCAAGCAAAUUAGCGAUGAAGCUAAACAUGCUCUUCGCGAUACCGUACUCAAGGGGACUAAUGAACGACUUCUUGAAGUGUACAAAGAUGUUGUGAAGGGGCGAGGAAUUCGAACGAAAGUUAACUUUGAAAAAGGAGACUUUGUUGUCGAAUACAGAGUAUUCUAGGUGUUAUGAUGGAGUACUCGGAAGCAAAAGUGAUAGAAGAACAAUAUUCGAAUGAUGAGGAAAUCGGAUCCUACAUGUACUUUUUUGAGCACAACAAUAAAAAAUGGUGUAUCGAUGCGACAAAAGAAUCUCCAUGGAAAGGACGACUCAUCAAUCAUUCCGUGUUAAGGCCGAAUCUCAAAACGAAAGUGGUGGAAAUCGAUGGGUCGCAUCACCUGAUUCUCGUCGCCAGGCGUCAAAUCGCACAAGGAGAAGAGCUUCUCUACGAUUAUGGAGAUCGUUCAGCAGAGACGAUUGCCAAGAAUCCAUGGCUUGUGAACACAUAAUAUGUUGCUCCACAACAUCUCUUCGAUCUGCUCAAUCCAUUUCAAAUGUUCAUUUACCUUCACGAGUAUACUACUGUAAUUCCCUUCAUUUUCUCAUAUUUUCCACGGCACUCGUGCCCAAUCCUCUCAUUACUUCGUCUCUUUCAACCGCCUUUUCUCAUUCUCACAGCGAAUCAAACCUGAAACAAAUCUCAAUAACGAGCCGUAAUAACGUGCUCAUUUAUGAUAAUCUGGAUCUCGUGAGUAUCCAAUUCUGUACCUUUCCUGUUGACUUUUGAAAAGUCCCUUGUUCUUUCCUUUCAUUGAAACCUGAAAAUCUCCUCACUUGUUCCACUACGAAAUGCCUUUAAUAUCUUUAAUUCUUCUGUAAAUUUCUCGUUGAUCGCCCAUUUUUUCCUGAAUUAUUCAUUUUUGUGGUGUACAUGAGGUGCGAGUUGGAAACCUACUUUAAUGACUGGUUAACGCUAAAAUCGUUUCCAUCCCUAUCGGAAAACAUUAUCAGCGUGCAAAUCUCAAUUUUUCAUUUUGAAAACAAUUAAAAUCCAUAAAUUUUGCUAC